AUGACUGAACUCGCUUGUUACAAGCAGGUCAGUUUCCUGCAAGAGCUAACAUACUCCAGCUCGGAUAUGACUCACGUACUGCAAGCAACAUCCUUACAUCGCAGCAGCAGUCACUAGCUUAAGGUUCAGUAUGCAGUCCUAACGCUUGGUCGUUAUGCCCCCUAGGACGAGAUGCGAAUGGGCGUUCUCUGAAUCUCUUCAGCAUGAUGACAGGGACCAUGCGAAAACAUAUCCACGGACCACAAAGCAACGUACUGAAAUAUAUAGUCCUUCAUCUCCACACGCUCACGCAAAAGCCUACGCAUCAUCACACUUGUACUCUAAACACCAAAAUUCUCUGUCAAUCAUCUCCCUAUAUUACUGCCUCCGCUGUUACAUUGCACCUUAUCAUCGUCGACAGCUGCGCUUAUUGGGCCGCUCCAUUCUAUCAUGGGUCACUGAGCCCGACCAUCUCGUGCACAAUCACCAUGACCUGCACUGCUUUCGCGAGCGCCGCCACCAAAACGGAGCAUCCUGAUAGAUACAUACAUCAUCGUACUGCUUCGCUUGGUCACCACAGCUGGCGUUCUCAUUCCUGUAGAUCAGACCAUCAUGGCCUGACAAGCUGUCCGUACACAAGCAAGAGUCAAACAAGAAGGCGGAACCUGGAGUAAAUUGAACGCACUGUAGUCACUAGGUGAAGCAUGGAACUCACUCUUACGAGGUUGCAUGUUCGAAUAAACCGUUGCCAUCGCUACCUUGUAAAG